CGAAGUCUGCCUGCAUUUCCCCGCAACAGCACACCCCUGCUCACCCCUCAUCAAAGCUACAGCUAUGGCGUUGAGCGCACGUACAGCUUCGCGAGCUCUGCGAGCCGUCAAGCCUUCGGCGGCUCGUCCUUUUGCUUCAGUGCAAUCAUGCAGCUACUCUUCGUCCUCGGAGCCGGAUCUCAAGGAAACUUUCAAGAAGGUUCUACCUGCCAAGCGGGAACUCCUCAAGAAGGUCAAGGCACAUGCCGACAAGGAGCUCGGCGUUGUCAAGGUGGAGAACACCUUGGGUGGAAUGAGAGGGCUGAAAGCCAUGGUUUGGGAGGGCUCAGUGCUUGACGCAAAUGAGGGUAUCCGGUUCCAUGGCAAGACCAUCAAGGACUGCCAGAAGGAGCUCCCAAAGGGCACUUCCGGCACCGAGAUGCUUCCGGAAGCAAUGUUCUGGCUUUUGCUUACCGGUGAGGUCCCCACCGUGUCCCAGACCCGGGUGCUCUCACGAGAGCUUGCCGAAAAGGCAGGCAUUCCCAAAUUUGUGGAGAAGAUGCUUGACGACUUUCCCAAGGAUCUGCACCCAAUGACGCAGUUCGCUUGCGCGGUCUCAGCCUUGAACUACGAGUCUAAAUUUGCGAAAGCAUAUGAGAAGGGUAUCAACAAGGCCGACUACUGGGAGCCGACGUUCGAUGACUGCAUUAGUCUGCUUGCGAAGCUGCCCACGAUCGCUGCGAAGAUCUACCAGAACGCCUACCGCGGCGGAGGUGCACUGCCUGCCGAGGUCGACCUCAACCAGGAUUGGGCGUACAACUUUGCUGCUAUGCUCGGCAAGGCCGGAAAGGAGAAUGAGGGUUUCCAGGAUCUCCUCCGUCUGUAUCUCGCUCUUCACGGCGACCACGAGGGAGGUAACGUCUCCGCUCACGCCACGCAUUUGGUCGGCAGUGCGCUCAGCGAUCCUUUCCUGUCGUACAGCGCUGGUCUCCAGGGUCUUGCUGGACCACUUCACGGUCUGGCCGCUCAGGAAGUGCUUCGCUUCAUUCUGGAUAUGCAGAAGACGGUCGGAACCAGCUUCACCGAGGGCGAUGUGACAGACUUCCUCUGGAGUGUCCUCAAGUCAGGACGUGUGAUUCCAGGAUACGGCCACGCGGUUCUGCGGAAGCCUGACCCCCGGUUCGAAGCUCUCAUGGACUUUGCCAACGCGCGCCCCGACAUUGCGAAGAACCCCGUCUACCAGCUCGUCAAGAAGAAUUCUGAGGUCGCACCUGGCGUCCUCACCGAGCACGGCAAGACCAAGAACCCGUACCCCAACGUCGAUUCGUCCUCGGGUGUGCUCUUCCACCACUACGGCUUCCACGAGACGCUGUACUACACAGCAACCUUCGGUGUCAGCCGCGGUCUCGGCCCGCUCGCACAACUCAUUUGGGACAGGGCUCUGGGUCUGCCCAUCGAGCGUCCCAAGAGCAUCAACCUCGAGGGCAUCCUAAAGCAGGUCGGCGCAUAGAGCGGGGGUUUCGACCCACAAAAAGCGAAUCGCGGAGCUGGGUAAUCUAUCUGUAUAUAUCAGCCGCAGAAAGGCGUUUGGGUCAUGUUAGAAACGCCUGCGCCACGAAUUGAGAUGCAAUGUUCACGUUCUAAAGGCUUUAUGGAUGAUGAUUUGACUUCGAGAUCAGACUUGCAAGUGCAUUGAUUGGUUGGAUAUCGCUUCUGCCC